UGCCUUCCGGCUGUGCUGAGUCCCUUCCGGUCAGUCCCGACUUGCGCGCCCGUUUCGAGCCUGAGUUGCGAGACGGCUUGGCGGGCUGCACCUUCGGGGCCUGGGUUCCCCCGACCGCGGCCAUGGGGGCGGGCUCGGCGCAGCUGGAGGGGUACUACUUCUCCGCGGCGCUGAGCUGCACCUUCCUGGUGUCUUGCCUCCUCUUCUCCGCCUUCAGCGGGGCGCUGCGCGAGCCCUACAUGGACGAAGUCUUCCACCUGCCGCAGGCGCAGCGCUUCUGCGAGGGCCGCUUCUCCCCGGCGCAGUGGGAUCCCAUGAUUACUACCUUACCUGGCUUAUACCUGGUGUCAGUGGGAGUGGUCAAGCCUGCCAGCUGGAUCUUUGGAUGGUCUGAACAUGUGGUCUGCUCCAUUGGAAUGCUCAGAUUCGUCAAUCUUCUCUUUAGUGUUGGCAACUUCUAUUUGCUGUAUUUGCUUUUCCGAAAGGUGCAACCCAGAAACAAGGCUGCUUCAAGUAUGCAGAGAAUCUUGUCAACACUGGCACUGGCAGUAUUUCCUACACUGUAUUUUUUUAACUUCCUUUAUUAUACGGAAGCAGGAUCCAUGUUUUUUACUCUUUUUGCCUAUUUGAUGUGUCUUUAUGGAAAUCAUAAAACUUCAGCCUUGCUUGGAUUUUGGGGCUUCAUGUUUCGCCAAACAAAUAUCAUCUGGACUGUCUUCUGUGCAGGACAUGUCGUUGCACAGAAGUUAACUGAAGCUUGGAAAACUGAGCUACAGAAGAAGAAAGAAGAGAGGCUUCCCUCAGUUAAAGGACCAUUUUCAGAAUUCAGAAAAAUUCUUCGGUUUCUUUUGGGGUAUUGCAUGUCCUUUAAAAACCUGAGUAUGCUCUUUCUUCUAACUUGGCCCUACAUCCUUCUGGUGUUAGUGUUUUGCGCAUUUGUAGUAAUUAAUGGUGGAAUUGUUAUUGGUGAUCGGAGUAAUCAUGAAGCCUGUCUUCAUUUUCCUCAGCUAUUCUACUUUUGCUCUUUUACUCUCUUUUUUUCCUUUCCUCACCUACUAUCUCCUACCAGAAUUAAGACUUUUCUUUGCUUAGUUUGGAAACGUAGAACCCAGUUUCUUGUGAUUACCUCAGUCUCCAUAUUUUUAGUUUGGAAGUUCACUUAUGUUCAUAAAUACUUGCUAGCAGACAAUAGACAUUAUACAUUCUAUGUAUGGAAAAGAGUUUUUCAGAGACAUGAUAUUGUGAAAUAUUUGUUAGUUCCAGGCUAUAUAUUUGCUGGUUGGAGUAUAGCUGACUCAUUAAAAUCAAAAUCAGUUUUCUGGAAUUUAAUGUUUUUCGUAUGCUUGUUUACUUCUACAGUUCCUCAGAAGCUGCUAGAAUUCCGUUACUUUAUUCUACCUUAUGUUAUUUAUAGGGUUAACAUACCUCUGCCACCCACUUCCAGACUUAUUUGUGAGCUGAGUUGCUAUGCAUUUGUUAAUUUCCUAACUUUUUAUAUCUUUCUGAACAAGACUUUUCAGUGGCCAGAUAGUCAGGAUAUUCAGAGGUUUAUGUGGUAAUAUCAAGAAUGUUUUGAAUUUUCAGACUUCAUAUUUAGACUGUUUCCAAAAGGAAUACUGAAUAGGUAAAAGUUAUGGAAUUUAUUUUAGGGACUGCAAUGAUCCUGAGAACACAUCUGAUUUUUAGAUAUAUUUUAAACGUGUAGAGCAAAUCCAAGGAAGUUCAGUAUAAAGAAAUGAGAAAGUUCCAAACCUGCUUCAGAAGCCCAAAUGAUGGAAAAUAAAAGUGUUUACAAUUGUUUUAUUGCAUCUCUGAUACUGUUAACUGGAAAGCUUGGAAACUUUUUACAUAUAUGUUUAAGAAAACUGGAAUGCUUCAUAGUACUAGAUACUGUAUUUUUUCCCCCCGAGAAAGAAAUAGCAAAAUAUUUGGAAAAUAUUUACAAGUGAUCAGCCAACAUUCUUGAUUUGAAAGGUGUUUAAUGUUUCAGAAAUUAGUUUUAGUCAUGAGUUAAAAUAAGUUUAUCUAGGUAUCAAGUUAGUUUUUAUUUAAAAUCUAGAAAUGAUGAAGCCGAAGCACUAAUUCCCAGUAUGAAAUGUAUAGGCCAAAGAUAAAUGGUAUUGAUUCUAAUACCUUGUAAAGAAAGUUUUUCUUUUCUUUUUAUUUUUCUUGAAACACAUUUUACUGUAUUCAUUUCCUAGGGCUUGAUAUAGGAAGUGACCAUAAACUGGUGGUUUCAAAAAUUCCUCCCAUUUUUAGAGACCAGAAUCUGAGUCAGAGUGUUACAGGGGUGAUUCUUUCAGGAAACUCUGAGGGGAGAUCUAUCCCAGGCCUUUCCCAGUUCAGGGCCAGGCAGAACCUGCUUGCUGAUUGACACAGCACCCCAGUCUCUGCCUCCAUCUUACUGUGGCUGCCUGCUGCAUCUCUUCUUCCUUCUCCUGUAAAGACAAUGCCAUUGGAGUUAGAGUAAUCCCAGGUAAUCUCGUCAGAGAUCCUUAAGUAUAUCCACAAUGAUCUAUGAGGGCCCCCUUUUCCAAAGAAGGGCAUAUUUGCAGAUUCUGGAUAGACAUCUUUUAUGAGAGAGAGAGAGAGAGAGAGAGAGAGAGAAACAUAAGAUAAACCUCAUGAAAUUAUCAGGAGAUAAUACUUUUAUUUUAAAUAAAAUUGUCUUCAUUGAGAAGCUUAAAAAAAAGUGACUUUCGAGACCCCUCUCAGAAAUGCAAAUCAAAUUGAUAUUUGAGUCCUUCAUCCAAAAAAAUUAACAGUUAAGAGUGCCA